GACCUAAACCUUUGAACGAGCUAGGCCGGAGGACCCGGCGUUAUAGUUGGGGAGUGCAAAGAGCUCGAGGUGCGGUUAUCCUAGGUCACGUGCAACACACGGCUUAUCAUGUCUACUCGAAAGCAUGAUGUCACAGAUUUCAGUGGAAUACAAAAAUCAUAUAAUUUUCUUUUAUCCUGAUUUUUGGUGCAAAACAAGAAGAUAAAAAUUAAAUAACUGGUAAACUGUAAUUUCAAAUGCAGAGAGAGCUUUAACAUCGGUGCCAGUGACAAUAUUUAAUUAAGAAAUGCCCUGUGGCCUGUAUUUCAAAGGUUGCAGUCCUCCUAUUGAAAGUCUUUGGAAAACCAUGUUUUAUAUACCAGACCAUCAGCAACAUGGAGUCUUUAAAAUUGUGGUCUGUUCUGCUCCCUGUUUUUUGCACUUUUUGCCAAAGAGCUACAUCAUGUGGCUUAUCAACACAUCUUGAAAUAGCUCACAGAGCUCUGGAAUUUUUCAGCGCACAAAAGGGAAAUGUUGACUACCGGAAGUUGUUACUAACCCACCAGGAUGCUUAUCAGGCUGGGAGUGUUUAUCCUGAUGCAUUUUAUUCUGGUAUCUGCAAACAUGGGUUAUUUCAUCAAGUAUCAGAAGACACGCAUUGGGCACCUUUUCUCAGUGCCAGCAUCCACUACAUCAGAAAGAACUAUCAGCAGCCUUGGGAAGAGGCUGCAGAGAAACUGGUGGCUUUCCUUUUUGGAAUCGCUUCUCAUAUGGUGGCAGACGUGAGCUGGCAUAGUUUGGGAAUUGAGCAAGGAUUUCUACAUGCCAUGGCAGCAAUUGAUUUUCAUGGCUCCUAUCCAGAAGCUCAUAGUGCUGGUGAUUUUGGAGGAGAUGUGCUGAGCCAAUUUGAGUUUGAUUUUAAUUAUUUGAAUCCAAGUUGGUAUGUACCUGUCAAAGAUCUACUGUCAAUCUAUGAGGAAUUUUAUGGCCAAAAAAUCAUAACUGAAGACACUAUUAUUGAAUGUACAUAUCUACAAUUUCUUCAAAUGUAUGGAGAAAUGUUCAGUGUUGCCAAGCUUUACCCUGUCUAUGCCAGUAAGUCUCCAUUUUUGGUGAACAAAUUCCAGGAGUAUUUUGUUGGUGGUGUGGAUGAUAUGGCAUUCUCAUCAAAUAACAUUUUUGAGUUAACAAGUCAAAUGUUGACAAAUGGGACCAGUUGCUGCUUUAUUCCUGAGAAUCCAUUGUAUAUACGCUGCAAACAUGAACCCGGAAAUACUAUAAUGAUCAAACGGUUGAGAACUGAGCAUCACCGAAACAUAGCUUCUUCAAGGGUAAAAUCAGCUGAAAGGAAUAUCAGCUAUACAGGGAGAGGAGUUUAUUUUGACAUUCCCCCUUUGAUCAUGAAUUACCUUCAAAUCAGAAAUAGCACCUUUACAAAAAAUGUCAGGGAAGUGUUUGCUGUCACACAGCGGCAGUCUUCUAAGUACAUCACCGAGCCCAGUGCUUCCUAUUUUCUGACAACUCCAUAUGCUAGACUUGGAUGGGCAAUGACUUCUGCUGACUUAAACCAGGAUGGAUACGAUGAUCUAGUAGUUGGAGCACCUGGAUACAGUAAAGCAGGACACAUUCAAAUAGGACGUGUAUAUAUUGUUUAUAGUAAUAAUUCAGGUUUGCCUCAUGCAGACUUGAACUUGGAUCAGGAAGCAAAUGAAAUACUGGAGGGAACCAAGCCUUCAGGAAGAUUUGGUUCUGCUGUAGCAGUUCUAGACUUCAAUGAGGAUGGUGUAAUGGAUCUUGCAGUGGGAGCUCCAUCUGUUGGAUCUCAGGACCUUACUUACAAGGGUUCUGUGUAUGUAUUUUUUGGAUCCAAAGGAAGAAACGGUUUUGACAACCUACCAAAUAUUACCAUUGUUUGCCAAGAAAUACACUGCAACCUUGGCUGGUCAUUGCUGGCAGCUGAUAUUGAUGAAGAUGGAAAUAAUGACCUCCUGGUUGGCUCUCCUUAUGCACCUGGUGAUGGGAAACAAAGAGGAUUUGUGGCCGGAUUUUAUUCAUUUUUCAACAGAAGCAACCAAGGUCUGCUUUCUGUAUCGGAUGCUGACUGGAUGGUGAAAGGAGAAAGAGAUUACGGCUGGUUCGGAUCCUCACUCAACAGCAUCCAGCUUCAGAAUAUGACCUUGUUGCUAAUUGGCAGUCCUACCUGGAAAAGCUGCAAUGGUCUAGGUUGCUAUCUCUCACCGGAUAUGAAGCAGGUUGUCGGAAGGGUGUAUGGCUAUAUCUUACCAUGCACGCAAAGCAGAUUUACUUUAAGUGGAGAUAAGGAAAUGGGGAGACUGGGUUCAUCCUUGGCAACCGGUUUCCUUUCUGUCAAAGGAAUCUCCAGGCAUGUGUUGGUAAUUGGCGCGCCAACACAAGACAGCACGUCUAAAUUUGCAUUUAUAACCUCAGUGCUACGCCAAGCAGGAACUGCACUGAUAUAUGACUUCACAGACAGUACCAGGCCACUUUUACUCAGCAGAUUCACUGGGGACAAGAGAUUCUCACGCUUUGGAGAAGAUGUACACCUCAGGGACCUGGAUGGUGAUGGAUUUGAUGAAAUCAUUGUAACGUCACCUCUUCGAACAGAAGACCUCAUGGCUGGAAUGUUUGAAAGACAUGCUGAGCGUGUUUAUAUAUAUAGUGGAAACCAGACAACUUUGGGUAAUGUGACAGACCAUUGCCAAUCAUGGACCUCCCCUUGUCCUGAAGACUGGGCAAAAUAUGUGUUAAUUUCACCUGAGGAAAGAUCAAGAUUUGGGAGUGCUGUGAUUACAAUAAAAUCUGGACAAAAGGUAACAAAACAAGCUCAGUUAGAAGCUGGGAUACUCUGUACUUUCUAUAACAAUUCUCAAUUGGUUUCAGUAGGCAUUGUGUGAUACUGAAGAAAACUAUCACAGCUGGAAGAAAGGUGGUUUGUUGCCAAUUUUGCAGGCAGGCAGAUCAGUCCUUUCCUCAUCAUUCCUUUGAGUUCAGUAAUAUAAAAAGGAUGAUGUGACACUUUGCAAGUUUUCCUGCCCUAAUUACAUUUAACUGGCUACUGCUUGCAGCACAGGGAAACACAACACAUGCAUUGUGUGUUAAUAAAUGCUGUAUAGGACAGAGCGGAGAUAAAUCAACAGUGACCACAGGCCACAUUUAUCUCAGCUCAGAUACAACCCCACCUUUUUCAGGGGUCUAAAUUUUGUCCCUAUGGCAUCCUUGAAAAUAUGUUGUCAUUUUUUCCGUUUAAUGCUUGCAUACCAUGGUGAUUCAGAAGCAACAAAUUCCUCUACCUUGGCAAAUGAAAGCCUGUAAAUAAUCUUAAAUGUAACAAUAUAUUUUUCCUUGGAUGGAAAGGAACUCUACAAUAUUUAUUAGCUGAUUUUUCU